AACGUCGUUGUUAUGAGACGUGUUUUGUAAGGUAACUCGGCUCAACAACAUUUGUUUGCAGAGCGGCGGGGGUUUACACAAGCUGUGCUGUGGCGACGAACUGAGCACAUUUACAAUUUCACCUUGGCUUAUUUUAUUUUUUUUAAGAAUAAAAAAACACUGCCUGCUAGUCAGCUUGCACUAGCUGACACAUUAUGUUUCCAGCUAGCAGAUACUCCAGUAAAGCCCACAGGUGUAUCAGGGCACUGAAGACAGUACAGGCAGAGCAUGCUUCCCCUCAGCUGUACACAACACUACAUAGACGAACAUGCUCUUCAGGGUCAGCACCUCGUAUCACAACACACUACACCAUCCACCCUCGGGAGAAAGAUCCAAGAUGGGAAGGGGUCGAAAUGGAGAGGUUUGCAGAUGAGGCAGAUGUGGUGAUAGUCGGCGGGGGCCCUGCUGGCCUCUCAGCAGCCAUUCGUUUGAAGCAGCUUGCCAACGAACACGAGAAGGAGCUGCGAGUGUGCCUGGUGGAGAAGGCCUCUCAGAUUGGAGCACACACCCUGUCAGGAGCCUGUUUGGAGCCCAGCGCCCUCAGCGAACUCUUUCCUGAUUGGAAGGAACGAGGGGCACCUCUCAACACCCCAGUGACUGAAGAUAUAUUCAACAUUUUAACAGAGAAACACAGAAUUCCUGUCCCCAUGCUGCCAGGUCUGCCCAUGAGGAACCAUGGUAACUACAUCGUGAGGCUGGGGAACUUUGUGCGCUGGCUGGGCGAGCAGGCAGAGGAGAUUGGAGUAGAGUUGUACCCUGGUUACGCUGCAUCUGAGGUUUUGUUCCAUGAAGAUGGAAGUGUCAAGGGAAUUGCCACUAAUGAUGUAGGCAUCGCGAAGGAUGGCUCACCGAAGGAUGUUUUCGAGAGGGGAAUGGAGCUCCAUGCUAAAGUCACGAUUUUUGGAGAGGGCUGUCAUGGCCACUUGGCUAAGCAGCUUUACAAGCAAUUCAACCUGCGUGAGAACUGUGAACCCCAGACAUACGCCAUUGGUCUGAAGGAGGUGUGGACGAUUGAUGAGAAAAAGUGGAGGCCAGGCAGAGUGGAGCAUUCUGUGGGCUGGCCCCUCAACAGGAACACAUACGGUGGUUCCUUCCUGUAUCACCUGAACGAAGGAGAGCCGCUGGUGGCUUUGGGCUUUGUGGUUGGCCUAGACUACUCCAACCCUUACCUGAGCCCCUUCAGAGAGUUCCAGCGCUGGAAGCAUCAUCCCUUUGUUGCUGCUACUCUGGAAGGAGGCAACAGGAUUGCUUAUGGAGCCAGGGCCCUGAACGAGGGAGGAUUUCAGUCUCUCCCAAAGCUGACUUUCCCCGGAGGGCUGCUGAUUGGCUGCAGUCCCGGGUUCAUGAACGUCCCAAAGAUCAAAGGAACCCACACAGCUAUGAAGAGUGGCAUGCUGGCUGCUGAGACCAUUUUCCCCAAACUCACAGCAGAGAGCCCAGAUUCAGAGACGGCAGGACUCCACGUACCUGAGUAUGCUGAGGCGUUGAAGAAAUCGUGGGUGUGGAAAGAGCUACACGCUGUUAGAAACAUCAGGCCAUCCUUCCACAAUUAUUUUGGCCUGUACGGUGGCAUGGUCUACACUGGAAUUUUCUACUGGGUUUUCAGAGGAAAGGAGCCAUGGACACUCAAACACUGUGGCCUUGAUGCAGACCAGCUUAAACCAGCCAAAGAUUGCACACCGAUCGAGUAUCCCAAGCCUGACGGCAAGUUAAGCUUUGACCUGCUCUCCUCUGUGGCCCUGAGUGGCACCAACCACGAGGGAGACCAGCCUGCCCAUCUGACCCUAAAGGAUGACAACAUCCCGGUCGGUAGGAACCUGGCCAUAUACGAUGGUCCCGAGCAACGCUUCUGCCCUGCAGGUGUGUACGAGUAUGUUCCCUUGGACACAGGAGAUGGUAUGCGGUUGCAGAUCAACGCUCAGAACUGUGUCCACUGUAAGACCUGCGACAUCAAGGAUCCGAGCCAAAACAUCAACUGGGUGGUGCCUGAGGGCGGAGGUGGACCAGCUUACAACGGGAUGUGAAUGUCUGCAGUUUUCUACCUUUUUGUCUUGAAAGAUUACUGUAAAGUACAACCUAUCAGGUUUACUUGCCAGCGACCGGCAGAUGUGCCUAACUAUACAGCUUUUUUUUAGAGUAUGAAGAAAAUUAUUCACAAAAGUACGUUUUCAAAAUGAUGAAAACAAGCCUGGCUUCUGUCAUAGAAGAUAUUUCUUACAAUGAUGUUAAAAUGCAACACAGAACUUACAAAAUCCAAUUAAAAUAUUGGACAAUAUAAAACUGAUGUAUGGUUGAAGUCAAUAUUUGCAUAUAUGUAGCCUUUGCAUCACUGCCAUUAUGUACUUAAUAUAGGCAUUGAACAUAGUGUGAGUCAAGAGGCUCUUAUGUGUACUUGACUAACU